CCAUGGGUGGCUUUUUCUCAAGUAUUUUUUCCAGCCUCUUUGGAACCCGGGAAAUGAGGAUUUUAAUCUUGGGACUGGACGGUGCCGGAAAAACCACCAUUUUGUACAGAUUACAGGUCGGAGAGGUGGUCACCACGAUUCCUACCAUCGGAUUUAAUGUGGAGACAGUGACAUACAAAAACCUGAAAUUCCAAGUGUGGGAUUUGGGAGGACAGACAAGUAUCAGGCCGUACUGGAGAUGUUACUACUCGAACACGGACGCCGUCAUUUACGUGGUAGACAGCUGUGACCGGGACCGCAUCGGCAUCUCCAAGUCCGAGCUGGUGGCCAUGCUGGAGGAGGAGGAGCUGCGGAAGGCCGUCCUGGUGGUGUUCGCCAACAAGCAGGACAUGGAGCAGGCCAUGACCCCCUCGGAGACGGCCAACGCCCUGGGCCUGCCGGCGCUCAAGGACCGCAAGUGGCAGAUAUUCAAGACGUCGGCCACCAAAGGCACCGGCCUGGACGAGGCCAUGGAGUGGUUGGUGGAGACGCUGAAGAGCAGGCAGUAGCGGCGCCCCGCGCCCCGGCCGCCUGUGGACUGGAGACGAGGCGGGCGCC